UGCUUGGCCAGUUGGCCACAUGCCUUGCCUUGCCUUUGCCUACCUGUUGAUCGAGCCGAGCGAGCAGGGAGAGACACGGCACCGAGUGAGGCCGCCGCAUCCUCCUCCUCUCCGAUCCUCCAGUCCGCCUGCUGCCUGCCUCAACGGAUCGACGCGACAGGAGGGAGGGAGGAAGGAGACGGUCGAUCAGAGUCUGAGACGGAGGCCGAUCCACCACCGCAGCGACGAGCGGGAGGAGAUGAAGAUCAUCAUUGACACGGAUCCCGGCAUCGAUGACAGCGUGGCCAUCCUGAUGGCAUUCCAGAUGCCGGGCGUCCAGGUCCUAGGGCUCACCACCAUCUUCGGAAACUGCACCACAGAGCAUGCCACACGCAACGCCUUGAUCCUGUGCGAGAAGGCAAGCCAUCUAGAGGUCCCAGUAGCUGAGGGCAGCCAUGAGCCUCUCAAGGGAGGAAAGCCGCACGUUGCUGACUUCGUUCAUGGACCUGAUGGCCUCGGGAACGUAGAUCUUCCUGAUCCCACUAUCAAGAAAGUGGAGGAAAGUGCUACCGACUUCUUGGUUGAUAAGGUCUCGCGAUUUCCUGGAGAGGUCUCUGUGCUCGCCUUGGGUCCUCUGACAAACAUAGCAUUGGCCAUCAAGAAGGAUCCCUCAUUCGUGAAAAACGUUAAGAAGAUCGUUGUGCUGGGUGGAGCGUUCUUUGCGGCUGGAAAUGCCACUCCUUCCGCUGAAGCAAAUAUCCACAGUGAUCCGGAGGCAGCCGACAUGGUUUUCACUUCUGGGGCGGACAUCUACGUCGUUGGCCUCAACAUCACAACGCAAGUCAGCUUCACAGAUAAGGAUCUCCUGGAGCUAAGAAACUCGCAAGGGAAGUACGCACAGUUCCUAUGUGAUGUAUGCAAGUUCUACUUGGACUGGCACACCGAGUCUUAUGGUGCUCCUGUGAUUUUCCUCCACGAUCCGGUCAGCUUUGCCGCGCUAGUUCGUCCGGAGCUGUUCACGUUCAAGAAGGGCGUGGUGAGGGUGGAGACGCAGGGCAUCUGCGUCGGGCAUACUUCCAUGGACAUGUUGCUGAAGAAGUGGAACUCAGAGAACCCGUGGACUGGCUACUCACCGAUUUCGGUCGCAUGGACGGUCGAUGUGCCCAAGGUGGUCGCGUUUGUGAAGGAGCUCGUCACCAAGCCGUGAACCAAGUUAACUAACGUGUUGUGGUCUCGCGCACCAGAUGUGCAGCAAAUUUGAGAUGUCGAUAUAUUUACUCACAUUCGAAGCACUGCAAACACUAUUAUCUCAAUAGUUGGUUCCUGUGGAGGAUUGCAAAUCAAUUUGAGAUGUUUUAAAUUGCAGCAUGUGCCUUCGGCCAUUGAAUGGUAUGAUGUUUUUUUUUUCUUCA